CGGAAGAGACGUGGCAAAAAAAAUCCUUUCCGGAAGAAAAUGUUUCUCAAAUAUGAAGCUAAAUAACUAGGCUGGAACAUUUUGCGAUACAGUAGAGAGAAGAUUGACUUGUGGUGACUCUUUGAAUUCCCUUUUGACAGGCAGGCCAUGGGUCUGUGCAAGUGUCCGAAGAGGAAGGUGACGAACCUGUUCUGCUUCGAGCAUCGGGUCAAUGUGUGUGAACACUGCCUGGUGUCCAAUCACGGCAAGUGUAUUGUGCAAUCCUACCUGCAGUGGCUCCAGGACAGCGAUUACAAUCCUAACUGCAGUCUGUGUAAUCAGCCUCUAAUCUCCCAGGACACUGUGAGAUUAGUGUGCUAUGAUCUGUUCCACUGGUCCUGCCUGAAUGAACUGGCAUCACGCCUGCCCCUGUACACGGCACCAGCAGGUUAUCAGUGCCCAACAUGUCAGGGACCUGUUUUCCCCCCCGCCAACCUCGCCAGCCCUGUGGCCGACAUGCUGAGAACGCAACUGUCCUCCGUGAACUGGGCACGAGCAGGACUCGGCCUUCCGCUGGUCGAAGACCAGCCUGAGGUUGAAGAGACCACAUCACACGAUGUGACCGAUUAUACAGACUGGACCUUUGACGCGCCUUCUUCUGAAUCGUCCGUUUCUGCCCCGUCACACUCUUAUGCCCCAGAGCCAGCAGUCACUCCGGCAUGUUCCCAUCAGGACUUGGGGCACAGCCACAGCGUACACAAUAACGGAGGAUUGGGGGUACAGGAGCACUCGGUCAUCAGCAUGAUCACAGCCACUGCACCGGACACUAUCGUCAUCAGCAAAGCUUCUUCACCUAGGAAGGUGUACGACACACGAGAGUCAGGCCGCACUUCAGACACCCAGAUCGACUUCGAUGAUGAUAAGUACCGGCGGAGGCCAGCGCUCAGCUGGUUUGCACAGAUCCUAAAGAACCGCUUGGGCCCUAAGAGAAGGACAUACACACUAAAGCAGAGGAUCUUCAUGCUCCUGCUCCUGGGAGUGAUUGGCUUCUUUACCCUCAUCAUCAUCAUGGCCAAGCUAGGCCGGGCUUCCGCUGACGAAGACCCCAACCUGAACCCCAUGUUCAAUCCCAAUAUCCGAGUGGGCAACAUGUGAACAGAGUGCAGCUCCUGUAGAAGAAAACGAGCAGGAAGUGCAGUGCGACUGUCCUGAAAGCCGGGACCAAUGCGUAAAACGCCUGUUAUCUUCGUAGGAACGAUGAUAAUCCAGUCACUUUAUCUUCCCGUUGAUAAGAAGUCUCCUCCUUAAUUUGACCAGUUGCAAAAUCCUUCAGUUUGCAACAAAGUUGUCUUUUUGAAAUUAACAUCUGGAAGGCGCUCUGAAUAUUAGACCGUAUUUAACACUUUGCAGUGCGUUCAUGUCUGUGUGAGCGCAUUAAUCGGGUGUGUGUGUGUAUGUGUGUGUGUAUUUUUGGUGGGACGGAGAGAGCGAGCAUUCUGAGAAAGCAAUAUGUCUAAUUUCUAUAAUUUGUUGUAAAAAAAGAAAAAAGAUUAGAAUUUAAGUAUUUGCAGUUGCAAUUCCAUGGUAACGGAUACCAAAGCUGCCCUUUGCAGCUCCAAAUAGAAAUGAGUGAGACUUUGCAGUGGUGUGUGUGUGUGUGCGUGUGUGUGUGUGUGUGCGCACGUGCGUGCAUGCAUGCAAUCAUUAAUAUGGUUCCUGCCAUAUUUUUGAAUGAAGUGUGUGUGUGUUAAAAUGGCACAGAGCCAUUUUCUGACUAAAUAACGUGGUUAGCCAUUGUCCAAUCUGUCAACGUGUUCAAUCUGUAUAUUCCAAAAUAUAUUGUUUAUUCUGUAAAUCUGAAUACAGUCCUGGUCAGAGCUGGUCUUUAAACUCAAGAUCAUCUGUUUGGUUGUUUUUUUUCCUCUUUGAAUUUUGUUUGUAUAUCUGAUCACGCUUUACAUGAAGUUUCUUUUAACACAUUAGAAGAAAACAUGACAGUUGUAUACAGUCAGCACGUUUGCCUCGCACGCCCUGUGUGCCCGGAUUUCGCAUGUUCUCCCUGUGCUUCGGGGGUUUCCUCCAUGUACUCCGGUUUCCUCUGCCAGUCCAAAGACAUUCGUUGUAGGCUGACUGGCAUUUCUGAAUUGUCCGUAGUCUGUGAAUGGGUGUGAUUGUGCCCGGUGAUGGGUUGGCACCCUGUCCAGGGUGUCCCCUGCCUUGUGCCCUGAGUUCCCUGGGAUAGACUCCAGGCUCCCCGCGACCCUGUGUAGGAUAAGCUGUAUGGAAAAUGAAUGGAUGUAUACAGUCAAUUGAUGUUAAAGCUAAAUAACGCGUGCAUUAACCAAUGUACGUAUGACGAAUGAGUAAGAUUAAAGCCCAUAAUACACAAUAUAAACUAAUAUGUUUGCAGUUGUUAACUAAAAAUGUAUAUACUUUCAGUAGUAUUAGGAGGAUGCUGUAAUUUAAUUUUUGAUCAUUUCUGUGGAAUCGAUUAAAACGGUCAAUGCAGGUAUAUCAUGGUUUUUUAUGUAAGGAAUAAAACACGUGGGGGGGGGCGGCAUGUUGUUGCUACACCGGUAAUAACACUCCAGUAACAGUCUAUAACCAAUAAAACCAAGUGUUUUAUUCCUCUUGUACCAUACAUUGAUUCCAAUCAGUUUUAUUACAGUUAAUUUGUUAAUGAAUGACACCUCAUGCUAGUUAGAUUUAAUGUUGUAGAAUCCACGAGACAAGUUAGUUCCUCUCAUCACUUACAUUAUAGCAGUUCCCUCACCAGCCAUUCAUUUUUAUUUUAUUUUUUCUUCGUCUGGCUUAAAGUUAAUAAGACAAAAAAAAAAAAAAAUCCAGCUGAAGACUUUCCUGUAGUGGAAAAUGUACUGACUUUUACAAAGAACUGACAGUAGAGACUCCUUCCAUAAAUAUUACAGAAACAUCUCCUUACAGAAACAUCACCGCAUCAACGAUUAGACAUAUUGCUUUGCUAUAUUACCAUUUUUUUAAUACGUUUAUUAUUCGUCUUUGAUUAUUUUAAACUUGAUUUUAAUUACAGCUGGAAUGACUGUCCGAGCUGCUGUUACAGAACAUUAAUCAACACUCUUGACCAAUCAGAUGUGAGGGUAUGUUAACUAAGGCAGGAAAUAAUUUUAGGUAAAGGAACCUGAAUGUAAAGCGUUACUGUACAUCUGAGUGAAUAUUGUAUUGUAGUCACUACAUUCUUGGUUGCACUUUUCCCUCCUUUCAGUCAGGUUUCUCUGUUCCUAGCUCUCUUUGCUUUUAAAAGGAUCUACAUACAUGAUGACAGACACUGUACAAUAUGAACUUUUUAGUAGUCACUCGAGGUUGGUAGAGAGGACGUGUGUUUGUACAGUAUUCAUCUCUGAUAGAUAAGUGUUUCUGAUCUAACAGGAUUGUGCUCUAUUCCUGUCAAUCUCUCGAUUAAAUUAUGAACUUUAUAAAA